AGCCUCGCGAGAGUUGGAGGUGCCGGCUGCCCUUGAGCUAGCUGUGACGCGGAAGGGUCUGCGGAGCGAGCGCGGCUAGGCGCAGCCAUGGCCCAGUGGCUCCUCCGAGCUUACGACGAGAUCCCCGACGGCACCCAGUGUCACCGCAAGACCUACCUCACCACGGCCUUCGGCGGCCUUAUAGGCACGGUGGCCUCCGCUUACAGUGUCGUACACAACCCUGCAGAUACUCACCUGGAAGCAGUGGCCAGGAUUGGCCGGUACACGUUCACUGCAGCUGCUGUCGGAGCCAUGUUUGGCCUUGCCACCUGUGUCAGCGCCCAGGUCCGAGAGAAGCCAGACGACCCCCUGAACUACUUCGUUGGAGGCUGUGCAGGAGGGCUGACCUUGGGAGCACGCACUCACAGCUACGGGACUGCAGCCAUGGGCUGCAUGUACAUGGGCAUAGCAGCCACCCUGAUGAAGAUUGGCAGGCUGGAAGGCUGGGAGUUAUUUGCUACCCGAAAGGUGUGAGAGGAACCCCUGUUGCAAAUAAACACUAUGUGUCCCUGUG